AUCUCACAAAUACCCUUGUGAUUUGUUUCUUAUUAAUAUCAAUGCAAUGGUGUUUUUAACACGAUUAUGUUGUUGAGUUUUGGGACAUUACUUCAGCUAUUGAUUCACCAGUUAAGCCCCGAAUGAAUUUAACAAUUUAAUUGUAACCAAGAAGAAAUUCCGUGUGACAUUAACUCUAGACCCGCUGUGAAAGUUCGAGAGUUUUACUCCAAUACAAAAUCCGUUUCGUACCAGCUAGGAUGCCAUAUAGACUAAUUACACUAUAUCUUUGAUUUAUGUAAUACCCAUUCCAUUUUUUGACCAGAAAGGGUGGGGGCAAGCGAGGACGCAAGAGUGAAAGCGCGCAUGGCUUGGGGGAGAGAAGCAUGCACGCAGCAGAACAGCGACUGUUGUGUGGGACAUCUACAAACCAUAGUCCACAGCACAGUCUCCCCUCUUCAAGACAACAUCCUAUAAGCUCAACGUGGAAGCGCACUAAAACCAAUAAUGUGAGAUUCCGACGCAUACUUUGUAUUAUGGACGUUUAAUUGCAUCAACUGAUACUUAUUUUUAACUGCUCGUGAAAUUACACAAACCAACCGAUACCUGUACUGAGAUGCGGCAAUGUCCCGAGGAAUAUGCCCACGCGUAAAUGUUUGGCGGAUUUUCUCUGCGCUUUUUUUUCUGGUUAAAGUAACGGUUGUUGACGCUUACAGUUGUCAUGAGGUGAAGACUGCUUUCCAGGUGCGACAAAUCGGUCCACUGAAGUGGGUACCGGAGACACCUGGUACAGAUGUGGAUCUUUUGGUGUGCAAGCACCAGGGCCCAUCCUGCUGUACCCGCAAGAUGGAGGAGAGCUACCAGGCAGCUGUGAGACGAGAGACCCUCCAGAACAUCCGCUCCUACAGCUUCGAGCUCAAGUACCUCAUCUCCGGUCAUGCCGCCGCUUUCCAGGACACCUUCCAAUACCUGCUUUCCUUCUCCCAGGGCCACCUCUCCUCUCUGCUGGAGGACACCUACUCACCUCUCUCCCGCGAGGCCUUACCCCAUGUCAACACCCUCUUCUCCUCGCUCUCCCUCUACAUCCGCGGCCACAACCUUUCCCUGGAAGCCGCUGUCGCUCGCUUCCACGACAACCUCUUCCCUCUCGUCUACGGGCGCCUGAUCAACCCGGGGGUUGGUGCUGAGGGGGGCGUGGAAGGCGAGCGGGGAGACUGUCUCCGUGCGACCCGGCAAGACGUCAACCCAUUCGGAGCUCACCCUGAAGGCCUCGCCCGGGAGCUUGGACAUGCCCUUGGCGCCGGGCGAGCCUUGUCACUCGCCCUCGCCGAAGGCACCGAAGUCAUGAACUCAAGCGAGCAUGUCUCGCUCACCAAGGAGUGUGUGCGCGGCCUGACCAAGAUGCAGUACUGCUCGCACUGCCGCGGACUCACGCUGAUCAAGUCGUGCGUGGGUUACUGCCUGAACGUGAUGCGUGGGUGCCUGGCAAGCGUGACAGAGCUGGAUGGGCCGUGGCGACGGUACGUGGCGGCGCUGGAGGGGCUGACCCAUGCCGUGGCCGGACAGCACAGCCUAGAGCUGGCCCUGCUUGGGGUCAGAGGUCACGUGAACGAGGCUAUACUCCACGCACAGCUAAAUGGGCCCACGCUCACCGCUACGGUGGACAAGGUGUGCGGCCCAUCAGCUCAGGAGUCGGCCACUGGCACCCGCCCCGACCCCACCCCAGGGGUCACGUCUUCCCCGGGGACGCCAUCCAGCCACGCCCCCUCCGUUCCCCCCUCCAUCCCCGCACCCGAACAGCUGAUGGGACGACUAGCCCACUUGAGGAGUUCAUUCCCCCUGAAACCCUCCAAGAACGAUAAACCUAGAAGUCUGAAAAAGAUCUCUAGGGAGUUUCUGACCUACAUCCAACGCUACAAGUCCUUCUUUGCCGCGUUGCCAGAGAUGCUGUGCGAGGGAGAGAUGGUGGUGGAAGACUUCACCUGCUGGAGCGGAGAUGACGUAGUGGAAAGUUACACAGCCAGAGUGGUGGGGAACGGACUCCAAGCUCAGAAGCAGAACCCAGAGGUCAAAGUGCGCAGUGCUAACCCCGUCCUGGCCGAGGUCAAAAAGAGACUGGAGCGUUUCAACCAGGAAAUCCAAGAAAUGCUUCCAGGGCUGAGCCAGAGAGAAUCCUGGGAGGAUCUGGGAAGCGGAGAAGCAGAUGAAGGCAGCGCAGACUGUGACGACGAGGACGGAUGUCAAGGAUCAGGAACGGGGGCCAUUGCCUCCACUGACAAUCAACCAGAUGUGCCCGGCGAAGGUAAACCAAUGGAAGUUAACCCAGCAGUCCACCUUCCCCCGUCGGUGAAGGCAAUAGGUGCAGGAUGCCGCCCUGCUUGCUUGGCUCUACCCAUGGCCCUCACCCUGAUCCUGGCCACUCUGGCUCUACAGUGGAACCUGCUCUAAACACAGCAUACUGCCCCCUACUGGCCUGGCCCCCUCCACACACUCAAUACGGACUACACCCCGAAAAAAAUUAAACUCCUCUAAAGCUGAAUCCUAAUGCACAGACUGGAAUGAGGUUACGGAAGAAGAAGAGGGAGAAGAGAGGAGAAAGAGAGAAAGAAGAGGAGUGGUGGAUGAUGACGAUUGGGGGAGGGACAGGGACUGCGGUGUCCCUUACAUAUGCUGGUGUGUGUGUUCGAGCUCCUCACACACACACACACACACUUAGGCAGAUGGUUGUAAUACUCACCCUGCUGCUUAGUGUGUAUGCUGUGAAUGAGGGGGUCCGGGGGGGGUGUCCAGGAACUAGGCUCCUCCCACAGCUCUGCUUUAACAAUGCGCUCUUAUACUCCGCCAGUGGGAUGGACCAUGGCACAGGACAGAAAAAGGCACGUACCCCGCUUGCGCGCACACAGACACACGCACACACUUAAACAUAUACAGGCAGCCAGAUGAACACGCAAGCGCACGCACAACCAUACAUGAGCGAUGUUUGCUGAAAAACAUGAACAAACACUUUUCUGCUGCUGUUUCUGUUGUUCUACAUUACUUCUCUGUGUGGACACUUUGUUCUUCUAGCCAGCCCUCUACUGGGUUUUAACACAUUUUAUAACGGUCACCUGUUUAUUUUCUUGGCCACUUAAUUUGGUACACCUGCUCGUUAAUCUCAUUGCCAGACACUUCCGUCCAAAUUUGUGGAAGGUCUGGUGGACCUCUGCUUCAGAUGUGGCCUUUGUAGCCUAUAAGAAAUCCAACAGAAAUGGAUGGCUUAGUAGUUAUUGGCUCACAUUUGAAUAUGGAAGAAGCAUGAUCUUAGUGACUUGGAACGUGGUACAAUUGUCCUAGGAUUUUCACUCACUUCAGCCUCAUGAGUUUACACAGAAUGCUGCGAUCCACAGAAAGCAUCCAGUGAGUAGCAGUUCUGUGAGCGAACAACAUCUUGUUUAUGAGAGCUGUAGUAGGAGAAUGGCCACACUCUUUCAAGCUGACAGAAAAGCCACCAAUACUCAAAUAACUGCUUUAUACAACAAUGGUUUGCAGAAGGACAUCACUGUAA